AUGAAUCCUGCUCUCCGGGGCAGAGAGCCAGCGCUGUGUGCUUCCAUAAACCCUGCCGAGCCCGAACUCCCACCAGACCGAGGACGGGAGGUGCUGCGGGCGGCCGGGCCGGGGCAGCAGCACCGCUUGGCGGCUGCAGGGGCGGCGGUGCCGAUUAAUUCAAAUGCCUCCCUAACUGUGUCUUUGGCACAGACUCCUUACUGCAAGAAGCACAGAUACGAUCCCCAGAAUCCCCUGUGUGCCCACAUAAUCUUCUGUGGGAGUAUUGUAAAGGUGAAUGAUUCAGAAGCAGGCAUAGCAAAAAAGGCAUUAUUCAGUCGCCACCCUGAAAUGGAAAGCUGGCCUAAGGAUCAUAACUGGUUCUUUGCCAAAUUCAACAUCACCAAUAUCUGGGUCCUGGACUACUUUGGUGGAUUGAAAAUUGUGACACCAGAAGAAUAUUACAGCGUCAAGCCUUAG